CGUUGUCCCGAAUGCACGUCGAACCAUCGAUUUCCGGCUGUCGCGGCCACGUGAUCGCACACUAACUUAUUACACCUUUGUCCAUCAAUUACCAUUUCAUCGCGUUCAUUGCUUCAUUCCACUCGGCACGCUGCUGGAAAUCUCUCGACGUUGAUGUUUCCCAUGCAAGAUCGGGUGUAACUGGUAAAUCGCGCGACUUCCGCUCGAAGAAUCUACAGUGGGUUACUUGAUAAAUGGACAAUUCUGUGGCAAGUUGAAGAAGAUCACGUGGGCGGGGAACGGUGUUGGAUAUUGGUAUUUCGGUAUUUCGGUAUUUCGAUAUUUCGGAGCCAGCCGGUUCGCUCUUCUCUCAGAGAUGAAAACGAGUGGCGAUUGAACGGGAGUGGCCAACAUUCCGGAGCUGUAAAGAUCAACAACGUGUCCAAGAUGAAUGGGACGGUUUAAGCACGAUCCGGAAAAUGGAUCUGGCCAAAAGCACAACGGAGGAUUUCGUGACGGUGGUCAGCGUCGAGAGUCAACCACCGCCGAUAGAGAACUUCGUCACGGUGUUGUCUAUAGGCAACGGGAAAAAGGAUGAGGAACCAGCCGCGACCUUGACGAAGAACCAAAUAAACGGCGUCGAUGGACCGCUCGAGGAGGAAGUUGAAGUGUUCAGGCUGCCUGGAGAACGAUUGGGAUUCGGUUUGAAGUUCGAAGGAGGGAACAAGACCUCUGAACGUGUCAGGAGGCUGUUCGUUCAGAGCUGCGCGGAACAGAGCCCGGCGAGCAGGGCGAAAUGCUCGUGGGGCACCUUGGGAGAGGGUGACGAGGUACUCUCGAUAGACGGUGUACCAGUGACACACAUGACCCGUUUGGAUUGCGUGAGGAGAUUGAAGGAAUCGCAGCUGGUUAUCAAGCUGAUGGUUAGGUGCAGAGGAGCGCUCAGGCCCGAGGUGGUGAGCGCGGAGAAAAAAACAUGCCCGGAGAAGAGCAAAGUGCCGCCGGAAUUGCCAUCGGCGCCUCCGCCUGUUCCGCCACGAAAGCUGAGACAAGCUCGAGGCUUAGCCGACGGCGAAGCUAAUCCGAGUCCUGUGAAGAAGUCCUGGAACGGAUCCAGGUCGCAGAGCAGCUCCCAAACCAGUUCUCCUAGCAACAAUGCUGACAGCAAGUCCACUUCUUUCGAGAGUUGCGAAUCUUCGCCGAAGAUUCAUCUUAAUGGAUCGAUUCAGGAAAGUCCCAAGGGUUCGCCGAAGGAACGCUCGCCGGAACUCGCCAAGUCGAAACAGGAACCUCCAGAAGCGAUGGUGUACGUGGAUGCCAGGUCCCAGUGUGGCUCGACCCACGGAAGCACGUCGGACGACACAGGAAGUUCAAUGUCCACGGUGAUCGACCGAUUCUCAACGUCCGACCGAGUGUCCACCGUGUCAACCGUAUCAACCGCCUCCACUACGUCCGAGCAACCCGGUGAAUUCUCCCGAAUCGAUCAAGACUUCGACCGAUCCUCGAACAGCGAUCUACAACUAUCCAAAGUGGUAUGUCCUUUCGAUAACAUGGACACCGAUUACGCGAGCAAUCCUCCCGAUUAUCUGCUGCGUCGUCUGGCCAGUUCAGAGGCCGUCACCCACGUCGAGUCUCGAGGUGAAGUCGAGAAGGUGACCGCAGUGGUGGCACCUAACACGGUGCUGAUCGAGGAGACGAUCACCUUUCAGCCACCAUUGAGCUUCCAGGAUGCGCCGUUGAGUUAUGGCCACGAAGCCAGGCCAGAUCUCUUCUACACGGCCGACCUGGCCGCCGACUCGACCACGCAUUUCCGGCCAAUUAAGGACGACGUCGAGCUGGUCGAGCGCGUGAACAGCGUCCACGAGGAGGAGUACGACGCUUCGGACUCGACCUCGACGUUGAACGGACGAGGCUCGAACAGGACACCACCUCCUCUCCCUGUCAGGAAUCACGUGAACAGGAUUAGCGUCAAUCAAACGAGCAACGAUCGAGUCGUCGAGCAGCGUCAGCAACGAUCAAGCCCAGAAACUUUCGACACACGAUCGGAGGCACCUGUCCUGCCACCGAAGCCAUUACCCAGAAGAGACGUUAAGGUCAGACGAAAGAGACCGCCGCCUCCUCCGCCUCCGCCCACCGUUCUACCGAGAACAGAAAUGUCGUCCAGCUUCGAAACAGAAAAUGAAGAACCGUCGAGAACGAAGACCGAAGCUUCCUCCGUGAAACCUGAAGAGGAUACGAGGGUAGAGAAUCUGGAGAAUGGGCCCAAUGGUCUCGGUAAAGAAGAGUCUGAAGUGCAGCUGACGUUCUCUAAAAAUUUUGGAAACGAAGGUGAAGAUUUCGGUGAUAAGAAGAGGACCGAGGAGACGGACGACACUGAAUCCAUGGAGAACUACGAUGUUCACGAAGAUGACGGACCCAGGACGAACAAAGUGCUGGAAAUCAUCGAGUUAAGAAAGGCGAAGGCUUUCGCGCCGUUGAUUACUAAUUCGAAGGAUGUUAAGAAUAAGCCUAAACACGAUGAGAAUGAACGAGCGAACGUCGAUACCGAGAAUGUUAAGAGGAAUGAGAGAAUCAAGCCGGAAAUGAGAAGCGGAACCAUCUCGACAGACAUGGAGGAUUCUGAGGAGGAACACGAAAUGAGCACGAAAUUUAAUGAACCUAUUGAUAUGCAAUCCGAGGCGUCGGAUCAUUCCGGUGAAAUGGAUUCACCAUCGAAGACGAAUGCGUUCGAUCGACGAGAAAUCGAAGAUACUUAUCGAUCGUGUAACGAUAUCAAUCUGCACGAUUUGAAUGUGAACAGAACGAGGAAUGAAAAGGAAAACGUUGAAGAAGAGGAUACGAGCGAGGAAAGCGACGAUGGCGAUUACUAUUGGCAAAGCAAUUUGGCUACAAUUGGCGAAGAGGAGGAAACAAAUUCUCUCGAAUACACGAAUGCGAACAAAGGGGCGAGCGAUAGCGAGAGUAACGCGACGGAGAAACCAGAAUGCCAAGAAUCGCCAAGCAAGAAAGACUCGUUCAAUACAAAUGGACGGAAUGACGAGGUAGACAGUGCGAAUCGAAACACGAAUUUCCCUGAGGCUGUUGUCGUCGAAGAUUUAAAAGCAGACCCGGUAAAUGGUAGGAUGGACAAUUGUGGAGGCGGUCAACGCCUGCCCCCGGACGGGGAUGAGUUCCCAGCAGCCUAUCAAGAGUUUGGCGGCAACAACCAGCAGUACCGAUUCGUGACGGCGGCAACCACCGCCGCGAGGACGUCGACGAUCAUGGCAAACGGCAGAGUCCUGUGCAACGAGAACGAGUCGUUCAACGAGAGCUUCAAACAGCUGGAGAACAACGUAGUCAACGCGACCAGCAUGAUCCUCGCCGACGCCAGAGUCGGUCUGAACAGCGUGGAGAACGUUUGCCAGGAGGUGGGGAAAAUCGGUCUGCCGAGCAUCGAGAUAAACGGCAAGAUGAGCAUCGAGAGCAUUUGUCAGGACGCGAGCGUGCCGGCUCGAGAGUCCCGCGUCGACGACGGCAAACCGUUCAUCGCGGAGGACUUCGUUAAAAAGACCACGUCCGUGACCAACUAUUCCAGCUAUGGGAACCAAAGUAACGGUAACGUCAUCGUCUCGGAGAAGAAGAUCGAAAUCACUGGAUAUUAUCACAAAGACCCGGUUAUCGAGCAGUUGCAAGAGGAGAAGGAUACCCUGGACACGCCCCCGCCGCUUCCACUCACAGGCCCACCCAAGUUGGAAACUGUUGUUCCCUACUCGAGGAACGUUCCAAUUCUGGAGUCAUCGCCGAGGAAAUUUUCAUUGAACGGCGAACUGUGGAGGAAGGACGACAAGUCCGAGAAGUCCGUCAGGGACAAGAUCGCGAUGUUCUCGUCCCAAAGCAGCCUGGACGGGCCUCUGUUCCCAAACACGGUGACCGUCGUUACUGCGACGAAUAACACCAGAAGGUUGUCGAAGUAUAAAUCCUCCGAGGACGUUUGCAACGACGAGAAGAGCUCUGGGCAGAAGGAGAGGGCCUCGUUCUUCGCGGAUCGAACGCAAAGCUCUUUCGACUUGACCGACUCGAGUCGAAACGUCAAUCAGGACUCCGUGAAAAAGUACAGGCAAAGAUCGCCCAGUAUCACUCAGAGUCCGUCAUUUGUUUCGCCGACUAUUCACACGUCGAAGACGUUCCCGAUUGUUCCUCAGAAGCCGAUCGCGUCGACGCCGACGACGUUGAUAAGCUCUUUCGAAUCGUCACCGGUGCCGAAAUCGCCGAUAAAGAGCUAUUGUUCGCCUACUAACGGCCAAAAUUCUCCGAACGUGUCGUUGAAACCCGUGACGAGCUCGGUAUUAUCGCGUGCUACCAGCUUCUCCGGAUCGAGCCCUUACGGGCAAGAUCGAACCUCGACGACGAACGAGCUGUCGAGCAGCUCGCAGAUCACCAGAACGAAUUCACUCGCGUCCACGUUUAAGAGGCCCAACGAGGAGAUCAGAAGAAAUAGCCUGAAUCAGUUGAUCGAACAGAGGAGGAGGUCGAUAUCGAAACUGAGAGGCCUGGUUAUCCCGGAGAAGGAGAGUAUACCCAUCGACACGCCUAUCGUCGAUUUACCUGAAAUUAAAUCAAGGGACUCGAUACUGCUGCACCAGCUGGCUAAGGCGAACAUCCAAGACAAGUGGGGCUCGCAGAGUUCAUUGGCAAGCAACGCGAGCACAGCUAGUAUGCCGGUGAAAACCACCUCCUUCAAGAUGCCAGCACCUCAGAUACACUCCAAGUACUCUCCAGCUUUCAAAAGAAAGACCUUGGCCGUCUAUGGUUCAUCCUCGACCAAUUCCUCGCUAUACAGCACUGCAAAAAGUACUCCAACCACGACGACCAGCGCAACGUCUACGCCGACUCCAACAGCUACGCCAACUCACUCCGAGCCGCCAAAGAGUUUGGAAAGCAUCUGCAGUCCGACAAGAAGCGAUUACAGUUUCGAGUUUGCAUCGACGGCUAGCUCUCCGGAAGGUCUGCGCAACAGACCAUUGAGAACCGGCCAGAGGAAGACGCGAAUCGAUUACGACGACUCUGACAACGAUUCCGCGGUUAGCAGCUCGCAGAGCAGCAUCUCCCGAGGCUUCAGUCCGCCCAUGUCCCCGGUUCCUUCCGAACGAUCCACCGUUUCUUCCGAAAGAUCCUACGUCUCCACGGAGACCAACUAUCCGCGAAGAGCUCUGAUCGUGGACAGCUCGUCCAGAAGCUACGGCAGAGAAUCGAGCGUAGAAUACACCGGAAGAUCGAACAUCCUGAACGAAAGAACGUUCGUAUCCGAGCGAUCAUCCUCUAGUAGCAGCGGAUCAGAGCACAGAUCACCGUUACCAACUAGCGAAUCGAAUCCUAGAACCUCCCAAAUACCUCAGAGACAGUUGAAACGAUCCAACAGCACCGAGACGAACUGCAGUACGUCGUCGACCCUCACUUCCGGUUCCCAAGCGAGCGCAGAGUCUCUGUCGAGAAGAGUACUGAAGCCUCAAAGCGUGGAAGCGAUUAAUCGCAAGAACAUUUUGGCCAGUGCCAGGUGUCGAAGCGGUAGGGACUUGAAUGGAUCACCGUUGAUUCAGAGAAAGUUCCCGGAGGACGAGUGUCGUGCGAGCAUCACCGAAAAUGGCGACGAUAGCUACCAGAGGAAUUACUCGAAGGACGCGAAGGCGAAGGAUGUCAAGAUCGCGUACAUCGAAGUAACCGACUCGUUCGGGGAAGAUGAGUCCUUCCAGAAAGAGGCGAACGAGUCGAAAUUAUCCCCAAAGAGAAGUAUAUCCUCCAAGUACGAGUCGAUGGAACCGUCGAACGAUCUGAAAAUGUGGGUUCGAACGGAAGCGAAAGCGCUGGCCAGAUCGGCGGAAGAGAAGAGCAACAAGGUCGAGAAGAAGCCCCAGGAAGGGGGGCUGGAUGCUGCUCCUGUAAAUAGCCCUCUGAAGAACGGCAGGUCGGUUGUCAUAGAGGAACAACAGGUCAGUUUGUCAUCGACGAACAGGAACACAGGAAACGAGGUCUCUGGAUCGCCGGAAGGUUCGAAACAAAGACGUGGUUCGAGUAUAACGCCGAAGACUCGUACGGAAGAUCAGAACGAUCUUUUGACGAUUCUCACGACUAAAAGCAGAUCCAGAUCGGCGAUACACGUGGACGAACGAAGUUUCGGAAAGUCGAAGAGCCAAAUGAACUUGGAGGAUAUCCUAAGCGCAAAAGCAGAUCCGAAAUUACCACGUACUCCCACGAGUGAUUCUCGAACCGAGAAGAAUACUAUACUCGCUAACCCUCAGCCCAGAUCGCUUUGGGAGUCGAGGGACAAUAGAUACAUCAGGAGAAGCUCGUCGACCUCGAACGAGCCUUGGAACGAGGACAAACCUUCGAAGAUACCGACGUUGAACAGGUCGAGGCUGGACAGUAGCGGCGACGAGAUUACGGAAGUCGAAAGAUCAAAAUCUCUGCUGUCGAAGAUUCCAACCGCGAGGAGUCUCGGUCGAAGGAGCGCCAGUGUCACGGACAUGAAAAAGGCUCUGGAGAAGAUCGAGGUGAAUUGUUCGCCUAAUACGCAUCAAGGUGCUCAUAACCGGUUCUCGAGUCUGGACAGCAGCGUGGACGAGAAUAUGUCCCCUGUUGGAACGGACGUGGACACGGACAGGUGCUAUAGCGAACAAUUUGGUAGCAUCAGUUCCUUGGCUAGUAGCACCAGCCUGAUCUCGCAACAAGAAUUAGCCCAACUGGUAGAGGAAGCCAGUUUGGAGGAAGUUCGAGGUGCUCACGACGUGAUCGUGGUGUUACUGCACAAGGAGAAUCACUCCGGUAGUGUUGGCAUCACGUUGGCCGGAGGUGCCGACUGUGAGAUCAAGGAAAUCACGGUUCAUCGGGUGCUGGCUCAUUCCAUAGCCGACAAGGACGGUCGUGUGCAAAGGGGAGACAGGAUUCUGAGCAUAAACGGAAGAAGCACGCAAGGUCUCACGCACAGGGAGAGCAUAGCGGUGCUUAAACAGCCCAGGUCGGAAGUCGUCUUGGUAGUCUCUCGAGCGAGAAACGAGGAAGGGUGUAAAUUGAAAUCGCGAACAGCAAGCGUCGAAACUAUCAUCGAAGGAUUCGAGACGAACGAUGCCGUAGAAGAUACCGCAUGGGGACCACCCUCGGUUGUAGCAGUAUACAAAGAUGGAGCCGGUUUGGGAUUCAGUCUUGAAGGAGGCAGAGACAGUCCUCUUGGAGACAGACCGUUGGUGAUCAAGAAAAUAUUUACCGGAGGUGCUGCCGAUAAGACGGGUGCCUUGAAGGCAGGGGACCAAUUGUUAGAAGUGAAUGGAUACGAUGUUACGCGUAUGUCGAGGAUCGAAGCCUGGUCCCUCAUGAAGAAAUUACAUGACGGUGAAGUGAACCUCCUAGUCAGGCACCCUGCCACCAAAUCCUCGUGAAUGGUAGUUAAAAUGAACGUAAACAUAUGUCGUAUGAAAAUGGUAAAAAUACGACGGAUGAAAGGCUAUAAAUGAACGAUUCUCUGAUCAUAAACGAUUGGAACGAAAUAACGAGAAAUAUGUGACAGUUUAUGACACGUUUUGUCGCGAGUACUUACGUUUAAAAAAUACAACGAAUAUUUCGUUGGAAACGUUAUUUGAUAAAUAAUUAUUUGGAUAUCUCUGUAUUCAGGGAGACCAUUUUCUUUUGUUAUGGUCAACUUUCUUUUUCGUCAACUAAUAACGCGUAACAUUUUGCAACUUGUUCCAAUGUAUCUAAUUAAUGAUAAUGAAAAGAAUGCUUCUCCUAAUUAUUUACUAGUAGCCUUUAUUUUAGACAUGCUUGUCUUACGGUUUUGUUAAAUAUGGUUUUAUGAAAUAAAUGAAAAGAAAACAUUUGUAAAUAAGAAUGAAGAAGUUCGAAAUACAAUUGAUAUAGGAAAAUCGCAUAUAUAAUAUAAAAAAAAAAGGAUUUGUUAAUAUAACGCAUCAGUAAUGAAGUAUUUAAAUGUAGACUGACAUUCGUUUCUAGAUUUGCGUUCGUUAAAAAUCAUGCUGUGAUAUGUAUGUGUGUUAGUGUACAAGUAAUAAGCAUCAAUAGAGACGGUUUUUCCUCGUCGAAUUUCCCAAUAGAUAGUACCACAAGAAAAAGGAAACACGAUAACAAUACAUUUUAUUUUAACAGAGGUAUCUGUGAAAUAUUCGAUCGAUCGCUUAACGUUAUGUAUAUGUAUCCUUCCUUCUAUAAAUAUUUUCUAUACAUUUCAUGAACAGAAAAUAUCGCAAUCUAACUUUUAUUAAUAAUAAAUUACACAAUUAAACUGCA